GCAGAUUGGCCAAAUCUAUUGUUAUCUAUCAAUGAUAACAAAAUAUAAUUUGACACAUUAGUUUUUCGUUGGCCCUUAGGUGCCUGUAGUGUUAAAUUUAAUUUACUUUUCGUGAUUAUAAACAUGUGGUACCUGCUCCUCCUGCCACUAUGCCUGGGUCUCCGCGACAGGGAGCCUCCCCUGCCGACCCCGGACGCUCACGAGGGCGUGAGCACCGGCUACGUCGACGUACGGACUAACCAUUUUGAUGCGAGCAACACUGACACAUUCAGUAUGCGCUACCACUACAACGGCGUCUACGCAGGUGGGAACGAGCCCCCCAUCAUAAUCCUGGUGGGAGGCGAAUGGGCCAUCUCUCCGCAAUGGGUGGCUGGGGGAUUCCCAGAGAACCUCGCCAGUACCAUAGGCGGUGGGUUGUUCUACACCGAGCACCGGUAUUAUGGAGAAACCAGCCCAAGCAACGACACGAGUGUCUCUGAGCUGCGGUUCCUGACAGUCGACCAGGCGCUGGCAGACCUGGCCCAGUUCAUCCAGAUUAUCAAGGGUGACGAGCUCUACGACGGACAGUACAAGAACAGCAAGGUGGUGCUACUGGGAUGUGGAUAUGCCGGCACUAUGGCCACGUGGAUGCGGCUGGCUUACCCCCACCUGGUGUACGCCGCCUUCUCCGACAGCGGACCGCUGCAAGCACAAGAAGAGUUUCCCGAAUACCUGGAAGUGGUCACCACGGCUCUACGAGGCCAAGGGGGUGAGCAGUGUGUGACGGCCAUAGAGGAUGCUAUUGCUGUUCUUGAAGCUUUACUCGAUACUAAUAGCGGGGUAGCAGCAAUACAGCAGAUGUUCAACACGUGCGCUGCAAUCCAGGCGUCAUCGCCCCUAGACCGAGCCACGUUCUACUGGGCGAUCACGGAGGCGUUCGCCAGCCUGGUGCAGUAUGCCACUCCUGGGGACAUUGCUGCUGCCUGCGACGUAUUGACUGAUGAAAGUGAACCAAACGAAGUGCAGCGCCUCGCCAACUGGAUCACGUCACAGUCUGAAGACUCCUGCCUGGAGACUCGCUACUCCACCAUGGUGGAGCAAAACACCAACGUCAGCUACGACGCUCCACAGGCCGCGACGCGACUACGCACCUACCAGGCUUGCGUGGAGUUCGGCUGGUACCAGACCACCAACAGCUCCCGGCAGCCGUUCCAUGACGUCAUUCCGGUGGAGUUCUUCCACCAGAUCUGCCGCGACUUCUUCUCCACUUAUUUCGACGAGACGGUACUCCGCGCAGGAAUCGAACGCACGAACCUCUUCUUCGGCGGUCUGGGCUUCCUGCCCGACCGCGUGGUAUCGGUGGCGGGGGGUCACGACCCGUGGUCUCCCUUGGGGCCCAAUACCAACCAUGCCACCCCCCUCGCGCCUGUGUAUGUAGUGCCGGAGGCGUCACAUUGCCAAGCUUUGAGGCGAAUUGGUGAAUCAGAAAACGCCGAGCUGGAGCGUGUGAAGAACGAAGUAAUGAAUUGGUUAUCCAUGUGGGCGACUGGGUACCCAAUUUUUGCCUCAGCAGCUGGUGGGCUGGUGGCGUGCACGCUGCUGCUACUUGCAGGGGUGGCAGCCGCCUUGUAGAAGGUGUUUAGUUUUUUUAUAAUUAUGAUGUACUUAAUAAAGGAUUGUAAGUUUUA